GUUGCAGAUACCUGGUGACGUUUAGCCCCCUGAUGGACAAUCAGGAUGACCCUCAGGCCAUCAUCUGGGACAUCCUUACUGGGCAGAAGAAGAGAGGUUUUCACUGUGAAAGCUCAGCCCACUGGCCUAUUUUUAAGUGGAGCCAUGAUGGUAAAUUCUUUGCCAGAAUGACACUCGACACCCUCAGCAUCUAUGAAACCCCUUCAAUGGGCCUCUUGGACAAGAAGAGCCUGAAGAUCUCUGGCAUAAAAGACUUUUCUUGGUCUCCCGGUGGCAACAUCAUAGCCUUUUGGGUGCCUGAAGACAAAGAUAUUCCAGCCAGGGUCACCCUGAUGCAGCUUCCCACCAGACAAGAGAUCAGAGUUAGGAAUCUGUUUAACGUUGUCGAUUGCAAGCUACAUUGGCAAAAAAAUGGAGAUUACUUGUGUGUUAAAGUAGAUAGGACUCCGAAAGGUACCCAGGGUGUUGUCACAAAUUUUGAAAUUUUCCGAAUGAGAGAAAAACAGGUACCUGUCGACGUGGUCGAAAUGAAAGAGCCCAUCAUAGCUUUUGCCUGGGAGCCCAAUGGGAGUAAAUUCGCUGUGCUGCACGGAGAGACUCCUCGGAUAUCGGUCUCCUUCUACCACGUGAAAAGCAACGGGAAGAUCGACCUCAUCAGUAAGUAGCCGUGCCCAUCGCCCACCCGG